CCAUCAUACGUACACACAAAUUCCCAAAUUGAUAAUGUCGUUUGAAUCGGCCUCAAGUUUCACAAAAGUACCUCUGUGAAAAUGAGACUUCAAUUUCGCAACAUUGCUAAGAAUCUUGAAGAUUGGUACAAAAAGAAAUGGCUUUAAAGGCUGUACCAAUCUGGGUUUGUGUUAAUCACUCUCUUUCUCAAUUGGGUCUCUUCGAUUUCGUUCAAAACAAGAAGAAAACGCCUGCUUUCACCAAUUGUAGGGUUAAUCUUUCGAAAUUCAGGAAAUGGGAAUGCUUAGGUUUGAAAUUGGCUGAACCCGAAAGGGCACAAACCCAUGUCGAAGAUGACAAGCCUUUGAGUCCAUCUGAUUUGGGUUCAACUUCUACAGAUGAAAGGAUUCAAGACACCCAGAUCACCGAAUCGAAAGGGUUUCAUAAAGAUUUGAAUUCUUUACCAAAGCCGUUAUCAGCUACUGAUCUUGUCUCUUCUGGUAACGAUGGCUCAAAGGUCCGAGUUGCUUAUCAGGGUCUGCCAGGUGCAUAUAGCGAGGCUGCGGCUCUUAAAGCAUACCCAAAAUGUGAAACAGUCCCGUGUGACCAAUUUGAAUCAGUGUUCAAGGCUGUCGAGUUGUGGUUGGUGGAUAAAGCCGUACUCCCGAUUGAGAACUCUGUAGGUGGAAGUAUUCAUCGAAAUUAUGAUUUACUCCUUCGCCAUCGACUGCACAUUGUUGGUGAAGUGCAGAUGGUUGUUAAUCACUGUCUCUUGGGCGUGCCCGGGGUCAAAAAGGAGGAGCUGAAGCGCGUAUUAAGCCACCCUCAGGCGCUUGAUCAAUGUGAGAUCGCACUAAACAAGUUAGGUGUUGUGAGAGUUAGCGCCGAAGAUUCUGCUGGUGCAGCUCAGAUUGUAGCCUCUGAAGGCAUACGAGACACCGGAGCCGUUGCAAGUUCUCGAGCUGCGGAAAUCUAUGGGCUAGACAUUCUAGCGCAGACAAUCCAGGAUGAUUUAGAUAAUGUUACUCGUUUUCUAAUACUAGCAAGAGAACCUAUAAUCCCGGGACCCGACAAGCCCUAUAAGACGAGCAUUGUAUUUACGUUAGAAGAAGGCCCGGGGGUAUUAUUCAAAGCAUUAGCUGUGUUUGCGCUAAGGGAGAUCAACUUAUCAAAGAUCGAGAGCCGGCCCCAGAGGAAGCGCCCACUUCGGAUUGUUGACGAUAGCAACAAAGGGAGCGCCAAGUACUUUGACUACCUAUUUUACAUCGACUUUGAAGCUUCAAUGGCUGAACCUCGUGCCCAAUAUGCUCUUGGACAUCUACAGGAAUUCGCAAGGUUUAUCCGUGUUCUUGGUUGCUACCCGAUGGAUACAACUAUAUAGAUCACGGUUUCGCCUGACCUUUUUUGUAUGCCGUUUAUCAACAUUAAUGGAAGAGAGACGAUCGCCGAGGCUUUUGGCAAAAUCGGAUGUAUAAAAUCCUUUCUUUUAUUCGUUUUUCUCGUGUUGCCUGCGUUUUAGGUGGUCGUUGCACAGCAAAGUUGACAGUUUCGAAACCAUUUUUAUCCAUUUUGCUUCGUGUAUUCUGCACAAGGAAUUGUUGGGUCGCAGUUUUGUGACAAUGGAUUCUUGAAAUCACAAUGAAUUUGGUUC